GCUAAGAAUAAGGAAACCGGUGCUUUAGCGGCUGCCAAAGUCAUUGAAACAAAGAGCGAAGAUGAACUGGAGGAUUACAUGGUGGAGAUUGAAAUAUUGGCGACCUGUGAUCACCGGCACAUCGUCAAGCUGCUGGGAGCGUUUUAUUGGGAUGGCAAGCUCUGGAUCAUGAUUGAGUUCUGCCCAGGCGGGGCGGUGGAUGCCACCAUGCUGGAGCUGGACCGGGGCCUGACCGAACCCCAGAUUCAAGUGAUUUGCCGCCAGAUGUUGGAAGCUCUCCAUUACCUCCACAGCAAAAAGAUCAUCCACCGUGACCUGAAGGCGGGCAAUGUGCUCCUCACCCAGGAUGGGGACAUCAAGCUGGCUGACUUUGGAGUGUCUGCCAAAAACAUGAAAACCUUGCAGAAGCGAGACUCCUUCAUUGGGACCCCUUACUGGAUGGCCCCAGAGGUGGUGAUGUGCGAGACCAUGAAGGACACCCCGUACGACUACAAGGCAGACAUCUGGUCACUGGGAAUCACGCUGAUCGAAAUGGCCCAGAUCGAGCCCCCCCACCAUGAGCUCAACCCCAUGAGAGUCCUGCUGAAGAUUGCCAAAUCUGACCCCCCCACGCUCAGCUGCCCUUCCAAAUGGUCCCUGGAGUUCAGAGACUUCCUGAAGACGGCGCUGGACAAGAACCCGGAGACCCGGCCCAGUGCUGCCCAGCUGCUGGAGCAUCCCUUCGUCAGCAAGGUGACCAGCAACCGGGCCCUGCGUGAGCUGGUGGCCGAGGCCAAGGCCGAGGUGAUGGAAGAGAUCGAGGACAGUCGGGACGAAGCAGAAGAAGAUGACUCAUCAGAGUCUGCCUCGCCCCCUGGGAAGCACAAGCGAGAUCCCUCCGAGGCAAGUCAGCUGAGUUUUGAUGGGGAGAAGCCUCUGGACUCUUCCUUGCCCAAGGCAGUGAACGGGCCUGUGGGGCCUAGCAAGGAGACUGCAAAUGGACAGAGCAAUAAGGUCUCAGAUGAAGGGAUAAGCAGUGACAAUGACAAACUGGAUAGCAACCACUCCACCAAAAGCCUUGCCAGCUCUGCCACCUUGGCCACCCAAGGCAAACCAGACAUCAUCUUGCAGCCCAGACACCUGGGUAACUCAACAGAGGGGGACAAGCAGCCCAGGUUAUGCAGCAAGGAGCGGAAGAGCAUUGGGGAGCAACCGGAGAGCGGCCACCUGGAGAACUUCACGGAGGAGAAGCUUGUCAAUGGGAGCUUGGACCCCCCAGCUCCAUUCCCCAGCAGCCGGCCCAAAGGGGAUUCAGAUUCUGGCAGCACUUCAGCUUCUGAAAGCAUGGACCUCACCAUCUCCCUGUCUGCUGACCUGUCCCUCAACAGAGAAAGCGGCUCCAUCUCCCUGAAGGAUUCCCGGAUGCACAAGAAGACGCUGAAACGCACCCGCAAGUUUGUGGUGGAUGGAGUAGAGGUGAGCGUCACCACCUCAAAGAUCAUCAGUGAGGAUGAAAAGAAGGAUGAAGAGAUGCGAUUUCUCAGGCGCCAGGAGCUGCGGGAGCUGCGUCUCCUUCAGAAGGAGGAGCACCGAAACCAGGCACAGCUCAACAGCAAGCACCAGCUGCAGCUGGAGCAGAUGCUCAGGCGCUUUGAGCAGGAGAUGACGACAAAGAAGAAGUUCUAUGACACUGAGCUGGAAAACCUGGAGCGGCAGCAGAAGCAGCAGAUUGAGAAGAUGGAACAAGAUCACUCGCUGCGCAGGCGGGAGGAGGCCAAGCGCAUUCGCCUGGAGCAGGAGCGGGAGCACGUCAAAUUCCUGGAGCAGCUGAAGCAGAUGAAGAAGGAGGUCAAGAACGAGGUUGAGAAGCUGCCACGGCAGCAGCGCAAAGGGAACAUGAAGGUGAAGAUGGAUGAUUUCGCCCAGAAAAAACAAACCAUGGAACAGGAGUUUUUGGCUAAGCAGAAGGAGGACCUGGAGCUUGCCAUGAAGAAUAUAACUGCCCAGAACAAGAAAGAGAUCUGUGACAAGGAACGCGAGUGCCUGAACAAAAAGCAGCAGCUCAUGAGAGACCGGGAGGCGUGCAUCUGGGAUCUCGAAGAGCAUCAGCAACAGGAGAAACACCAGCUCAUCAAGCAGCAGCUGAAGGACCAGUAUUUCCUCCAGAGGCACGAGUUGCUCCGGAAGCACGAGAAGGAAAGGGAGCAAAUGCAGCGAUACAACCAGCGCAUGUUAGAGCAGCUGAAAAUUCGGCAGCAGCAGGAGAAAGCCCGGCUCCCCAAAAUCCAGCGGAGCGAAGGGAAGACACGCAUGGCCAUGUACAAGAAGAGCCUUCACAUCCACUCCAGCGGGAGUGCAUCUGAGCAGAGGGAAAAGAUAAAGCAGUUUGCUCAGCAGGAGGAGAAGAGGCAGAAAGCAGAGCGGCUGCACCAGCAGCAGAAGCACGAGACACAGAUGAAGGACAUGCAGGCCCAGUGUGAGAGCAACACAAACGAGCUCCAGCAGCUGCAGAAUGAAAAGUGUCACCUCUUGAUGGAGCACGAAACCCAGAAACUUAAGUCCCUGGAUGAGAACCACAACCAGCACAUGAAGGAGUGGCGGGACAAGCUGAGGCCACGGAAGAAGGCCCUGGAGGAUGAGCUGAACCAAAAGAAGCGCGAGCAGGAGAUGUUCUUCAAGCUGAGUGAGGAGGCAGAUGGACGGACCCCAGCAUCCCCAACCAAGCACGCCAAGUUUGUCCCGUUCAGCUCUGCAGAGAGCUCGUAACGCCCCACAGCUGGCAGGCCACGCUGGUACUUGCUGUGUACUCCUAGGCUGCCAGUGGGCAGUUUGGACUUGG